CCCACCUGCCAGCCCGAGCCCGGAGGAGUGACAGUGCCGCGCUCUGCCCAUGCGCUCCUAGCUGCCCCGGCAUGGAUGUGGCCAACACCACUACCUCCCCCACCGAGCAGUCCUCUGCCAGGGGCCAGGGCGCCGCGGUGACCCUCAGCUACCAGCUCCUCACCUCCCUCUUCCUGGGCACCCUCAUCCUCUGCGCCCUGCUGGGCAACGCCUGUGUGAUCGCGGCCAUAGCCCUGGAGCGCUCCCUGCAGAACGUGGCCAACUAUCUCAUAGGCUCCCUGGCCGUCACCGACCUGAUGGUGUCCGUGCUGGUGCUCCCCAUGGCCGCCCUCUACCAGGUGCUGAACAAGUGGACGCUGGGACAGGUUACCUGCGAUAUCUUCAUCUCCCUGGACGUGCUGUGCUGCACCUCCUCCAUCCUCCACCUGUGCGCCAUCGCCCUGGACAGGUACUGGGCCAUCACCGACCCCAUAGACUAUGUCAACAAGCGGACUCCCAGGCGGGCGGCUGUGCUCAUCAGCCUGACCUGGCUCAUCGGCUUCUUGAUAUCCAUCCCGCCCAUGCUGGGCUGGCGGACGCCCGAGGACAGGUCGGACCCCGACGCCUGCACCAUCAGCAAGGACCACGGGUACACCAUCUACUCCACCUUCGGCGCCUUCUACAUCCCCCUGCUGCUGAUGCUGGUGCUCUACGGACGGAUCUUCAGGGCGGCCCGGUUCCGGAUCCGCAAGACAUUCAAGAAAGCGGAGAAGAAGAAGAUCACCGACACCUGCCUGACGGUCUACCCGGACAGCCCGCAGAAGAAAAGCAACGGGGAGCCCAGCAAGAGCUGGAAGCGGACGGUGGAGCCCAAGCCCAACGCGUGUGUCAACGGGGCCGUGAGGCACGGGGAGGCUGGAGCCGCUCUGGAGGUCAUCGAGGUCCAGCACUAUCACAACUCCUCCAAAACCCACCUGCCCCUGCCCAGCGACCCCUGCAGCACCCCGCUGGCCCCGUCCUUCGAGAAGAAGAACGAGAGGAGCACCGAGGCCAAGAGGAAGAUGGCUCUGGCCAGGGAAAGGAAAACGGUCAAAACCCUGGGCAUCAUCAUGGGCACGUUCAUCCUCUGCUGGCUGCCCUUCUUCAUCGUGGCCCUGGUCUUGCCCUUUUGUGACAGUGAGUGCUACAUGCCGGACUGGCUGGGGGCUGUCAUCAACUGGCUGGGCUACUCCAACUCCCUCCUCAACCCCGUCAUCUACGCCUAUUUCAACAAAGAUUUCCAAAGUGCUUUUAAGAAAAUUAUCAAGUGCAAGUUUUGCAGGCAGUGAAGGACACUCCCUUCUCGGGGGCUCCCUGCGCUUGCUUCAUCCAACUCCACAUCUCUUGUGCUACUAGAGUAUCUGCUUGUGCCCCCUUUCCCCGCCCCCUCACCGGUGACCACUCUCCCCAAGACUGCGGCAGGGGCAGCUCCAAUUUACCGCGCAGCACCGGAGCGUCUCCUCCACGACUCGUGACAACACACAGCGCGCGGCAAAUCCAAGUAGUUCAGACUCCGGUGCAGCGUUCGCCAUCGUUCCCCGGGGAGACAAUGCCGCUCCGGAUUCCAAUCCCUCGCCUCUCAAAGCGUUACAAACUGACUCAGCCCCUUUCUGAACUACUGCAAACUUAGCGUUUGCAAUUCAGCGCUUUGGAAACUGACUGACCGGCACGUGUUCCCGAACUAACCUGAGCACAGACUGUUCCUCUGAGUUUACACAGUACUCAGCCUGUGUAAUGACACCCUAUUUCGCCACUUGUAUUUAUUUUGGGUAGACCUUGGGUUUGCAGAUCGUUGCUUGUGGUCGCUGUUACCCACCUUGUCUGUCCGAGUAGCAUCGAUAAAAUAAACCAUCCUAUGCAUAAAACCUUCUUGUCUGUUUUUCUUGGAUUAAAAGAAGAUUGCAGAGCGCUCUGAGUCUAACCUAGAUCUGGUCGAGUAAGUACUAACGUGGAGAGUUUGAAGCAGUUCUUUCCAUAGUGGAAGAAGGGGCCUAAAAGUUACGUCGCUGGCAGCGAGAUUGAAAAGUGAAUUUCGUUUUGGGGGGGGGGGGGGAAACACAAUUUUAUAACCUUUCAAGGUACUUCUGAUCACAUUGCUAACUGAUAUGUCUGUACCAUGUAUUUAUAAUAGCCCGCUUGUUACGUUACUACCUUUCAGUGCAUGGGAGUUACGUUGUUUACAUGAGAAGGAUUUUGCUAAACAUGACAUCAUUACAAUUCACCUAAUUACAAACAGAUUUUUUUUAAAACCACCCUAAUCGAACGAGGAUUUCUCAUUAAGAAAACCCACGGAACCCAUCUGCGCGACUAUCAGGCGCAAAUAAAUAUAUCAAAAAUUCUUGAAAAUAAGACGCAGGUUUUCAUUUUGAAAAGCACCUUAAAAGUAUUGCUAGGAAUCACAGUGCUCGUUUGGGAAACAAACAGCCGUGCAGCGUUUUCCUCAAGUUUGAAACUAUUUGCUAGGUGCUGCUUUCUCUCUCUUGCCCUCUUCCCCCCGCCAAACCAGAGUAAUCUCAUUUUAAUGCUGUGUAGCGAAAAGGGCAAUUAUGGGCUAAAUCAAUGAGUCUCUCUCCCAGCACAGGUGAUUAGCUACGGUAUUGUUGCCGAACAAACACUCAUACUAUA